AUGAUCGAAAGCGAAGUAAUUUCCGUUCUUAUAACGUAUUCAACGACGUUGCAAGGAAAUAUUCUUGAGUGGGAUACCAUCGAGGUAUUAAAAAUGCUUGGCUUUAAGAAUGUCAAUCAUUUUACAGAUGGUAUGGAAUAUAUUCAUACAGGAGAAUCGAAAGCACUUCGUGGCCAACAGUUUAGGCUGUUGAACGUUCUUCUUUUGGUUUUCGAUGUUCCUGAAAUGACCCAUGCUCUGUCAGGAAUUUAUGAUGAAUAG